GGAAUGUUCACAUAUGGAGACCCUCCCCCUUGAUCUUGAGUGGGGAAGAUGUGUUUUGUUUCCAAAAGCAGUUGUUGCGCAACAGGGGUUGUGCAACAGUGUUUAUAACUACUGACCGAAAAAGAAGAGGAGAAAAGUCAACCAAGCGGUGAAAGAACACAGGGAAGACACGAUGCUGAAUUCUGCGCGCUCUCAGGGGACCACACAGAAGUGUCCAGAUGCGUCCUGUGAAAAGAGAACAUCGGACUGGGAGCUGUUUGAGACCAACCGAGGAGCUUCGGACCAGCACCGAUCAGCAAUGGAGGCAACACAAAUUCAUCUCCAGCCUUACUUGCUUCAACCCCGCACGUUUGGCCGCAUGAUGGUGUACAACAGCAGAGUCCGCCCUGUACUCACUCACACCUCUUUCCAAGGAUGCGUGUAUAACUUUUUGGAAAGGCCGUCCGGCUGGAAGUGCUUCGUUUAUCACUUCACUGUGUUCCUCGUGGUAAUUGCUUGCCUGAUUCUCAGCAUUCUGUCAACCAUGCCCAUCUAUGACCUCUUUUCCUUCUCGGUUCUCUUCUGGGUGGAGAUUUCCCUUGUGGUCUUUUUAGGUUUGGAAUAUAUUUUCCGGCUUUGGUCAGCAGGUUGUCGCAGUAUGUAUGUUGGCUUCUGUGGACGACUGCGAUUUGCAAGGAAGCCAAUAAUUAUCAUCGAUCUCAUUGUUGUGGUUUCCUCAAUCAUCGUGUUAGCGGUUGGCUCCAAAGGACAGGUGUUUGCAACAUCUGCUGCGAGGGGGAUCCGUUUCCUGCAAAUACUCCGUCUGCUCCAUGUAGACCGCCAGGGAGGAACGUGGUAUCUCCUGGGGUCUGUUGUCCAUGCCCAUCGCCAGGAGUUAAUCACGACACUGUAUAUUGGCUUUCUGUGCCUCAUCUUCGCCUCAUAUUUGAUCUACCUGGCAGAAAAAGAAAUACUUGGUACAUACGCUGAUGCCCUGUGGUGGGGAGUGGUAACAGUGACAACAGUUGGCUAUGGAGACGUCAUACCUCAGACGUGGCUUGGGAAGAUCAUUGCAUCUUGUUUUUCUGUCUUUGCCAUAUGCUUCUUCGCACUGCCUGCAGGAAUAUUAGGCUCAGGCUUUGCACUCGAGGUGCAGCAGAAGCAAAGACGGAAACAUUUUAACAGACAAAUCCCUGCUGCUGCUCAUGUCAUCCAGACAUCAUGGAGAUGCUUUGCAAUGGAAAACUGCAAUUCGGCCACGUAUAAGAUGUUUUUGAGGAAGAGAUCUAACGCUCUUAACUCUUCACUGUCGACCCCAAUGCCGAAGAAAUUGGAGAAGUGUAACGAGGACACUUCUUCAAAUCGUCUCACAGUUCCAAGCAUGGUCUCUGUCUCUGCUUAUGACAGUGACAGGAACAACUUUUUGAGUUCUGACGUUUGCAACGCUAUGGGCACCGAGAGGAGCAGUGGCCUUCUGGAUGUUAACCCUCCCUCUGACCUUAAGAGGAACUGCAGUUUUGAAGACAACCUUGAGCAGGAGUCGGAGCGAGACAUUGCACUGACUGCAGCUACUUCCAUAUCACAACUAACCGAGUCCCAUCGACGGGCUAUCCGUGUGAUCCAGAAAAUGCGCUAUUUUGUGGCGAAGAGCAAGUUCCAGCAAGCUCGUAAACCAUAUGAAGUCCGAGAUGUGAUUGAGCAAUACAACCAUGGUCAUCUCAACCUAAUGGUGCGGAUCAAGGAACUCCAGAGAAGACUCGACCAGUCAUUAGGCAAGAUAACUUCAUUUCAGACAGGAACUGAUCGGGCCAAAGACAAGGGAAGCAACUCUAUUGGAUCCCGACUCAGCAGGAUGGAGGACAAGAUCUCACAUAUGGAUCUGAUGCUGAACCGCAUUGCACAAUCUCUCAGUAUUCUGCCAGACCAGAGGGAUGCCAUUGGUGGCGAACGUGAGGGAAGACCGAAGCCACCGCCUGGCCACAGCAGCAGCGUCAAUCACAGUCAUGAUGGUCUCCUAAGCUAUGAGCAGCUGUCUACCAAGUUGGACAACAGCAACUGAUCGGUCCAUCUAUCUAUCCAGCAAUUUCCUCUUUUGUAACUCAUCUAUCAAAUAUUAUUUCACCUAUCCUCAGAUACCAUGUAGAUAUGUAUCCGCAGUAUCUUAUCAUCAUUGGAAUGGCAUCAGGGCAAGGUGGGAGAACACGUAUCUUUCUCAUCUUAUUUGACCUCAGCUCUGCUUUUGACACCAUAAAUGAGUCCAUCUUUCUCACCUGUCUUGAGUCCUCCUUUAAUAUCACUAGCACUGCUCUCUCCUGGUUAAACACAGCUCUGCCAUUCCCGCAUCUACCCAUAUCCGUAAUCAUGGCGUCAUCUUUGAUCAGUCACUCUCAUUUGAAACGCUCAUCACCAAAACUGCCUUUUUUCACCCCCAAAACAUUGCCCGUAUUCACCCCUCUCUAUUACCCCCUCAGCUGCUGAAAUACUGAUUCACGCCUUUAUCACCCCACGACUCCACGACUGCAAUAGCAUCCUUUAUGGCUUGCCCACCAAAAUUCUCAACAGACAUCAAAACAUCCAAAACUCUGCUGCCCAUCUCCUCACCCACUCCCCAUCCAAAAACGAAUCCAGUUUAAAAUUCUUCUCAUCACCUUGAAGGCCCUUCACAACCUUGCCCCCCUCCGACCUCACUGAUCUCCUUCACUACCACACUCCUACCUCUAAUCUUAGAUCUGCCCACCUCCUCACACCCUCCCAUCCAAACCAAGCACUGGACCUGGGGAGACAGAACCUUCUCAAACCUGUAAUCCACAAUAAUUCAUUCAAUAUAAUAUUUUUUUGUCUGUUUUUACACACUGUUCCAUGUUUGCAGUUUUUAAUAUGAGGAUUGUCUUAAUUUUCCUGUUCUUUUUAAUUAUUGUCUUUUACUCUGUAAUGUGCCUUUGAGUAUUUUUUAAAGUGUUAUACAAAUAAAAUGUAUUAUUAUUAUUAUUAUUAUUAUUAUUAUUAUUAUUAUUAUUAUUAUUAUUAUUAUUAACACGAAGCAGUUAGCGCCUUGAGCUUCAGGCUAUAAUGACAUUGUCACAUAAUGACUUUUCUGUCCUCCUUGCCUUUGAUGUUUUUGCAGCAAAAGAACAAUAUUGUGCAAAAUAAUUGCUCUGCUCCAAACAAACGCUUUUUUUUUCUUUGAGGGAGUUCAAGCCAUGGGGGUACCAUUAGGUGUGGUAAAACGAAGCCUAAAAAUAAUAAGCUGCAACAGCACUAGUGUUGUCUGAUCUGAAAUGUUAAUACAGCUUUUUUUUUGUCUGCGUUUCGUGUUUCCAUUUAAAUGGUCAUUAAAUAUAUUUUUGUCCGUCUGUGUUUUAA